GAGCAUUUGGCUAUUCGAGCAUCAGGCACAGUUCGCUGAUAACUUUCUCCCAUCUAUUAUUCAAUAUCAAAUAACUGUGAUGAACGACGAUCAGAGAGACGAACAACAAAGGGAGGAGGCGACUCAACAGACAGAGAUGUCUUCGAACGACAUUGAGAAGCUAGAAGAAGCAAAACUGCGAGCGAAGUUUCCCAACACCAGCGGACGACCCAUCAGCGGCCACUCAGCUUUCCUUCAGAAAAGAUUAGCCAAAGGACAAAAAUUCUUUGAUUCCGGCGAUUAUCAAAUGGCAAAACAAAAGUCAGCCGCAAAACCAAAACCUACUGGUGUGCUACCAACUGGAGAUGCUAUCCCCACUCCAGAAACUGUACCGCAACGAAAAACUUCGAUCAUACAACAAAAAUUCAACACGUCAACUAGUUCGUAAGGCAAACUAUAUCCACGCUCAGAUCUUAGCAGCUAAAUGGAUUUCAUUCAGAGAACUCCAUAAUGGUGUGAUAGAUAAACAAGUCUUAGAUGAUCUUGAAUAGAAAAAUCUUUCACAAGUGUUUGAUUUUGAUAGGAUUUCUGAAUGCACGAGAGAAUCACGAGUUCAAUUAUGCAAAAUUACCUCUUGAUUCCACUUCGUUCUUACAUCAAUAUAGACGGAGAGUAUUAUCAAAUAUUAUCAAUUGAUGCGGGGUUCAAAAAGUAAAGAAAAUUAAAUCUAUUUAACAACUAGCCGGUGGGAGUUCUAGAGUUGCACAGAAAUUACUAAAUCUGUGUCAAUAUUUGUUGCUGGUAUAAUUCUCUAAGAAUUGUAUAAUUUUAUCUGAGCGGUUUAAUCAUCAAAGUUUGUUCAAACGUAUCGAGAGAUAUCGUUUAUUAGCAAGACGUGAUAAAAUGUAUUGUUAAAAGUAAUAUGCAUGUGAGAUCGGGUAACACAUCUAAUGCAUGCUGUAAGUUGCAGCUCUGAUUUAAAACUAGAUCUGCAUUUUGAACAUCACUGUGAUUUGCUAAGGCUAUUUUUCUAUGAGAGUACGUCCAUCCUCUUGAUUUUUUCCCCUCCCCAGUUCCCAUAAAGGUACGAGCACGACACAACCCGCUAUAUCAUCUCGAUUAUUAUUUAUAACAACCAAUUAGUUGUGCAACCACCAAAUGUACCUAGUGAUUAACUAUUAAUAUAUUAUUAUGUCGCAA